AUGAGCUUCAAGGUAAUCUUAGUGACAAUACUGACAUGUCCAGUUCUGAUUUUGCCACAAGACGAAAUAAAUGUUCCAACAACGAAUAAGCUUUCAACAACAUCUCAGCCUAACCUGACUUGCAGUGUAAUCAAGUCCGUUGCCAACUGCUCUAACCGAGGACUGCCAGACGUACCCACCACACUUCCGGCAACAAUAACCGUCCUUCUGAUGGACCAUAACAAAGUGAAGAAUCUGACAUCGAAAAACUUCGCCAGGUUUGAAAAUCUCACUCACUUAGAUAUUUCCCAUAACAUAAUUAAGCAAGUGGCGGAUGAUUCCUUCGGUGGCUUAACACAUCUCCAGUGUUUGCACAUGGAAGGGAAUCGUGUUCAGUGUGCUGAUAAGGCUCUGUCUGUUCUUCACUCACUGGAGGAACUCUGUUUAGAUGGAAGUUCCAAUAUGACUUUUGGUGAACAUUUCCAAAACCUGACGAAACUGACCUCUUUGAGUUUGUCUGGACAUGAAGGUGAAUGCAAACUAUACAACAUUUACAACAAUACAUUUGAAUAUGUCCCACAUCUAAAACUGUUAAACCUCACAUACUGUGAUUUGAGGAAUAUUGAAGCUGGAGCCUUUGUGCCUUUAAGGAGAAUUGAAGUGUUGGAUAUAUCUGAUAACUAUUAUAUGUAUUUCCGAAAUUUUCAAAAUGUUACUUAUGGUCUGAUAAAUUCCUCAAUCCAAAUAUUAAAAGCCAACUCUAUUGUUAAACCUUGGUCGGUCUGCAACAUAUUAUACAAGGAACAUUUGCAACAUUUGAAAAACACCGGUCUUCAAAAAUUGUUCAUUGAUCACAAUCGACUGGAAGUCUUUGGAACUGGAACCUUAUUAACAUUUCCAGAAUCGCUUUGGUACAUAUCGGCUCGUUCCAACCUGUUUACAUUUGGCCCGUACGUGUACGAGUUGAAACAGAUGACAAAUGUCACUCAUCUGUAUUUAGGACAAAAUCUUUUACAGUCACUACCAUAUUUUCCACAUAUACGACACAAAACGCAGAAAAAUAUUGUUUUGUGUGACACAGACUCUGACAGUAUUUGUCAAUAUCGUAACAGAUAUAAAUCAAUAUAUAACCAAGAGCCCAUUGCCAUACCACCACCAUCACCAUCAAGCCAGAACAGCAAACCUAAACCUAUGUGGCUUAUUGUACCACCAAAUCUGCAGGUAUUAGCUCUUCCUUGCGAAAAGGUAUCUUUUAACAUUGGUUGGACAAAGGUAACUGCUAACAAUAUAACUACUAUUGACAUAAGCUGUAACUGGUUCUCUCAAUGGACUGGCCCCGUGGAAGGACUAGAAAAACUCGAAAUCCUGGACCUUUCUCACAACACAGCUCAGUAUGUAUCAAGACAUUUCUUUUCGAGUUUUCCACAGCUAAAAAAACUAAAUAUUUCUUCGAAUAAUGUUGGCUUCGUGACGCGGAUGAGAAACGACUCACUUAUAUUUGACAACCUUACAUCUCUUGAGGUAUUAGACAUGUCCUUCAAUGAUAUACACAGUCUUCCAGAUAACAUUUUUCAGGACUUGGUAUCUGUUAAAACAAUAAAUCUGUCUUUCAAUUCUCUGUAUCUGGACCUGCCACUGCGAGUAGCUCACAUGAAGAACCUUCAGUUACUGGAUCUUUCAAAUAAUCAGAUUCGAUGGUUUUCUGACGUUCUUAUGCAAGACCUGGACACACUGGCGGCUUCUCACAACGUAACAGUACAUAUGAUAUAUAACCCAAUAUCUUGCACUUGUAGUAAUUUAGAUUUUCUCAAUUGGAUGAAGUCAUCAAGGGUACUUUUCACUAAGGUCCAUAAUUACACUUGUGCUUUUGAAGACAAGACGUUUAGUCCGAUGGGUCAGUUUGAAGAUACUGUCAACAGACUGCAGAAGGAAUGUUCCACUCAUCUGGGACUGGUACUCGGCUGCGUCUUUGUCAUUGUCAUUGUACUUGUUAUUAUAAGUGGCGCAAUGGCGUACAGGUACAGGUGGAAUAUGCGAUACUGGUAUUACGCUGCUAGACUAAGAUUAAAAAGUGAAUUGCUGGUGGAUGAGGAAGGUGAAUCGUUCACAUUUUAUGCUUUCGUUUCCCACGCAGAUGAAGACGAAGAUUUUGUUGUAGACGAAAUGAGAAAUCGUUUAGAAACGGAAGAAUCUGGAAUAAAUCUUAACAUACAUCACCGAGAUUUCAUACCUGGACAAGACAUAGCAUCAAACAUACUGUCCGCAAUACAAAGAAGCAGAAAGACCGUUGUAGUUUUGUCCAGGUACUUCUUGGAAAGCUAUUGGUGUAUGUACGAAUUGCAAAUGGCAAAUAUGGAAAGCAUAAAAACUGGACGGGACGUUCUGAUCAUUAUCAUGUAUGAAGAUAUUUCAACAAGGAAGAUACCCAAGGAAGUCUUGUAUCAUCUGAAAACAGAUUCAUAUAUUACAUAUCCCCGUUAUCGAGAUGAGGAUCAAGUUGAUCUGUUUUGGAGGCGACUUAUCGCAGCAAUUAAAAACACAUAAAAAUACGUGAUGGGAGUUAACCAUAGCAAGGAAACAUACCGAACAUUAAUAUUGUGUCUACGAGAGUACAACGAUUAUCGACAAUGUAAUUAGUUUCAUGAACUUUGGAGUAACCUUAAUACAGCACUGAAACUUCUUUAGAAAGGAACUAUUUAACACUUUCAGAAACAAUAGUAGUAAACUGUACACAGUAUACUUCUAGUAAAAAAUACUGUUCAGCAUCAAUAUCGGACUGAAUAUAAGAAUAAAAAAUAAGUGUGAACAUAACACUGAUCGGUAAAUAUUAACACUAAUACGUUUUCAAAUUUAAACAUAUAUCUAACAACGUUAUAUUAACUCUUAAUAAUAUCUUUAAAGUUAGGGUAUUAUUUAAUCACUGCCUUCAAUCAUUGUUAUUUAUUAUUAUUUAUUUAUUUUUAUUUUUUAUCUUUUAUUAUAUUUUUUUAUUUUUUUAUUUUUUUUAUUUUAUUUUUUUUUAGGAGUGGGGGGGGGGGGGGGGUCAAAUCCCCUUCCUGCUCAAGUUAUUAUUUUUUUUUCGAAUAUAUUUUCUUGGUUAGCAUGACUCGAACUCCUUAUAAACUUAACUUGCCAGUCUAGAGCCCCCACCCCUACCCCAAAAAACUCACCACACACACACACACACACACACACACACACACAUACACACACACACACACCUACCUCUGCUAAAAUUCCUUCACACCCUUGCAGAUUCAUAUGUUAUGGCUUCUAUCACCCACUUUUAAAAUGUUAUAUUGUUUUGACUAAUUACUGGCGAAUUGAUUAACGCAGAUUAUCGUCAUUUUUCUCGCGGGGGGUGGGGGGUGGGGAUUUACUUUUUCAGGGAUAAAUACCUUUAAAUCUACCAUUUUUAUUUAACGCCCACCGAGACACGUUUAAAACAAACACUCGUAUCUCUUGAGUGGCGAGUUGGUAUUACCAUGGCCAGCUGUCUUGUCCUGGGUUGGUGUUGGCUACAGAAAUACACACGGAAGUUUAAACCUGUACGGCAGUACACAAAAGACGCGAUCUCUACAAGUUCCUUAAGGCCACGCCACACGAUACGAGUGACUCGUGCGAAAAUUGUCGACUGCAUAGCAACUGAAAUCGUAAUGUAUGUCUCGUCACAAUCGGGUGAGAUGGGGGGGGGGGGGGGGGGGGGG